CACCUGUACCUUACAAUUCUUCUCUUUGCAUGCAACUAUGUUUCAGCUGUGAAAGAAGCAGCAUUCGUGCAUGCCAUCAGUUCGGCAGGAGUCGUGGAUGCAGUUGGACGGUCUUGUCGAGACGGACAACUGAGCUCCUGCGGUUGUUCUCAAGCAGCGCGGCCUUCCGAGCUGAAAGCCGAGUGGCGUUGGGGCGGAUGCGGGGAUAAUCUCAAAUACGGCUACAAGUUUUCUCAAACGUUUGUUGAUGGGCGAGAGCGCGAGAAGAAAAGCAGAAAAGGAGCCAAGCGACUCAAGUCGAGGGCAUUGAUGAAUCUGCACAAUAACGAAGCUGGACGCAGGAGUGUUUUCAAGAACUCCAAGGUGAAAUGCAAGUGCCAUGGAGUGUCUGGAUCUUGCAGUCUCAUCACUUGCUGGCAGCAAUUGGCUCCCUUCCGCGAAAUCGGUGACUAUUUGUUCCGAAAGUACGAGACUGCUGCCAUGGUGAAGUUCACUCACCGCGGCAAGAUGCUGAUCAAGAAGAGCCGACAUCGAGCCAUGCCCACGCCGGAGGACCUGGUGUACAUGGAGAACUCUCCGGACUAUUGCGAACGGAACGACUUGUACGGCUCAUUCGGU